AUGUCCGCCGUCUCUCGCACCGUCUCUCGCGCUUCCACCGCUAUCCCCAGCGUAAAACCUGGUCCUGUCCGUAACUCUCCUCUGCGCGCCGCUGCCGCCGUAGAGAAGACACCCCGGAUCGACAACCGGGUGUACGCGGCCAAGGCUGUUGCCGACGCUCGUGGUCGGUUCGGCACCGUCGCCACAAUAGAAAAAGAACCGUGGGAGCUUCAGAUGAGCCCACCAGCCGCUAUGGGCGGCACCAAACGCGGUCAGAAUCCUGAGCAGCUCUUUGCCAUGGCGUACGCGGCCUGCUUCUCCAACGCUAUCCAACAAAUGGCCUCGUACCAAGGCAAGCUCAAGAUUGCUCGGAAUACGAGGACACGCGCAGACGUCGUGCUCGGGCAUGGAGGCCCUAAGAGCAAUGGCUUCGACGUCGAGGUCAUAAUCACAGUCGAGGGUUGUGACGAUGACGCUCUUAUCGCCGCUGCCAAUCAGCGAUGCCCUUAUUCACGCUUGGUUCGCGACGGUGCAGUACGGAUAUUGAAAGCCUGA